CUGGUAUUGUACUCGACGUUUCUGGUCUACUUCUUACUGCGUGCCCGUGCUCAAGAGAAAUUGUCAAGUUGAAAAUUUUCAUUGUCCGUCAUGGUUCGUUGGUUUUUCUCGACGAAUGAAAACGCUUGAAGAUGGCGACAUUGCUUUUGUGCCUUGACAGGAAACAGUUCGGAAUACAACGCCAUAUUCCGCAGCUGGCUUUUGCAUGAAUCUUGCUGCCUUGCACUGAUCAUCCCGAUUUUUUGGGCUGUCAAAAGGAAAACAAGGAAGGAAGGAAAGCAACAUGUUCCUUACGAAUCCUCACCGCUGAGUGGCCACCCUGGGCUUGUUAUUUUUUUUUGGCCUUAUUCCCGAUCCGUUUUGCACGCACAAUAUGAGUACUAGCGCUGAAAUACCGGACUCCUCCAAGCAAUCCCACCUUCCUUCACCGACUCGGGCGUCGGCUUUAAGCACAGUACGAGAUUCGGAACCGGACGAUGCGGAAGAAUCCACCGACGACGAGAAUCGUCAUCACGAAUUCGUGCCACCGUUUCUUGUACGGACCAAAUCCCGGCAAGAAAAGGCAAGCAUGCGGGAACAAUUUCAGCGUCAGCACGAAUCCAAAAGUCCCUACGAUGCCUUGUACCGCUAUUACACUCGCUUUUCAACAUCGGCCAUGCUGGAAAACAAAGCCAGUGUUGCCCGAGAUCAUCUCGCCAAUGAACGAACAUUUUUAGCAUGGUUACGUACGUCUCUUUCCCUUAUCACGGUUGGUGUUGCCAUUACACAGCUGUACCACCUUGCCCCGACCACGGGUAACAGUCAUGCACAGACAGGCAAAGCUCUGGGAGCAACGUUUGUGGUGUUCAGCAUCAUUUUUCUGUACUUUGCCAAUGCUCGAUAUUUUCAUUCCCAAGUCGCCAUGACCAAGGGCCAAUUCCCAGCAAGUCGAGGCGCGGUAAUUCUCGGAUCCACAUGUGUGCUGGGCGUUUUGAUUGCGAUGUUUGUUGUUACUAUUGUACAGCAAUAAGAAAAAACUCUUGCUUCUAAUAUAAAUCACAUGUAUUUAAACUUUAUAUAAUCUCAUUGACCAUUCUUCCCCCUCCCCAAAGUAUCCUUUUGCAUUCUCUUUUUUCGCUAUAGAUCUCGGAAUAAAUUUCUUUCAACCCAUU